CUGCAGCCUGUAGGUGUUACGCGGGGUCACACUGCCGGGAGAGCGGAUAAAAGAAGGUGAUAGAUCCGGAGUGUUUGUCGCCAGGUCCCCGUGUCGAAACAAGCCACUUCGGGGAUGCAGGUGCAGAGAGUCGUGCUCAGCUCCCGACCUGGUAAAAAUGGGGCUCCUGUUCCUGAGAACUUCCGCCUGGAGGAGACAACUCUGUCCCUUGACCUGAAGGACGGUGAGGUUCUCGUCCGGACGCUUUUCCUCUCUGUCGACCCUUACAUGCGAUGCCGUAUGAACGAAGACACGGGUGCGGAGUACCUGACUCCAUGGCAGCUGUCGGAGAGUGUGGAUGGUGGAGGCGUCGGCGUGGUCAAGUCCAGCCGCUGCAGUGGUUUCUCUGAGGGCGACGUGGUCACUUCAUUCAACUGGCCAUGGCAGACCCACAGUGCUGUAAAAGGAAACAUCUUACAGAAGGUUGAUCCACAGUUGGUUGACGGGCACUUAUCCUACUUUUUGGGUGCAGUUGGCAUGACGGGCCUCACUGCGCUGCUGGGCAUGAGGGAGAAAGGUCAUGUGACAAAAGGGGCCAAUCAGACCAUGGUGGUGAGUGGAGCGGCUGGGGCCUGUGGAUCAAUAGCUGGACAGAUAGGCCGGCUGGACGGCUGCGUGAGGGUUGUCGGCAUCUGCGGCUCCGAGGAGAAGUGCAGAGCUUUAGUGGAAGACCUGGGCUUCUCCGCAGCCAUCAACUAUAGGCGAGACGACGUUCCCGCCAAGCUGAGGGAGUGCUGUCCCGAUGGCGUAGAUGUUUACUUCGACAACGUGGGAGGUGCCGUCAGCGACACUGUAAUAGCACAGAUGAACAACAGCAGCCACGUGAUCCUGUGCGGGCAGAUCUCUCAGUACAACAAGGACGUGCCUUACCCUCCGCCCCUCAGCGAAGAGACACAGGAAGCUCUGCGAAGCAAGAACAUCACCCGGGAGCGAUUCAUGGUGCUCAACUACAUGGACAAAAUGGAGGCUGCGCUUCUCCAGCUCAGCCAGUGGGUCAAAUCAGGCCAAAUCAAGGUUCUGGAAACAGUGGUGAACGGCAUUGAGAAUAUGGGAGUGGCGUUCUGCUCCAUGAUGAAUGGUGGAAACGUUGGCAAGCAAAUUAUAAAGUUAUCAGAGUGAAGAAAAUGACUGUAGGCUCCAGUAGAGACUGUUCACACUAAAUGCCGUGGGAAAUAAACCUACUCACCGCUGCCUUUGUAUCACCACUAUUAACAUGAAGUUAAUGAACCCUUACGAGAUAUUGCAUUGAUUUGCUGAUGCCAAUAAUUAAUAUUUUAUUACCAUUUCAAGGCCAUUAAUGAAAAAUUGCAUUAUAUUCUUUGAAAUGAUGUUCUUGGGAAUAAUAAAAUGAUCAUUGAAGAGUGCUUGGAAGUUAUAAAAGUCUUGAAUCUUUAUACUUAUUAAUUUUAAAAAAAUGUUGCUCUUGUCAAAUGGGAGCAAGGUUGGAUUAUUGUAGUCACUAUACUCAGCGAGUUACACAAUAUUAUGUAUUGCUGUUAUGCUGACCCAGAGUUUUUCUUCUGGCAGACCGCAAAGUCUCCACUUUGACAGUAGGGGACCCAGUACUGUGAUAAUAUGUCUGGAAAUACAUGACUUGUCACAGUCAAGUGCAAUACAAAUGUUAUGUGAUAAUGAUGAUGAUGAUGAUGAUGGGGAUGAUGACACGUAGAGACUAUGAUGUAGAGAAUGUGAUUUACUGUCAUGAACAGUUUAUUUCACAGCACUAUAAACCAUUAAUAAAAUAAAAUCGUGGUUUGCUCUCAUUUCAGUUGUCACAAUAAAAAGAUGUGGUCGGUGUAAAA